AUGCCGCUGGAACCACGACUAGAGGGCUUAUAUCGCCGCCAGGUAGGUGCUGCCGUUGCUGCUGACGAGCGCCGGCAGCUGGAAGACACGACAAAGAAGCGAGCAAUCGUGUCUGCAGCAAACUACGAGGAGUUCAGGGCCCUAGUUGGCACUUGCCACCUUAAGCCCAUGGCAAGGGAGGAAAUGCAAAACCAACCUCAGAGGCAGUUCAAUCGCCACGCUGGAGCAGCGUGCGGUUUCGACCUUUCUAGUGGAACUGUUGGCGUUAAUAGCAGCAACAACAAUGCUCCAAUAAAUCUUCAGCUGCGUAACCAGGCACAAUUGAGGAGAGAAUGGGAGGCAAGAGACGCUGACCCCGAGGAUCAGUGCAGAUGGCUGCUGCAGCAGCCACAGGAAAGCCUCCAACAAAUCUUCAGCAUGGAUAUCGAGCCUCAGCUUCUGCUGCACCUAUUGAGAGCCCUGGCAUCACACAUCUCUAGUCUUGCUGCUUUACGGUGCAGCAGUUGCUGCUGCUGCUGCCAGACACGCUCUGCCUCGUUGGUAGCGACAGCCAAGGCUGUUCCUACUGACGAAUCCGCAUUCUGCUGCCGCAUUGCUUACAGGGUCUUCCUAACAGCUGGAUUUCUCUCCUUCUUAGCACAGCUGCGUGCAACGGCAAAAGCGGCUCGGCUACUGCUGAAGAACGAGCUGGAGCAGGUUGCCUUAUUGUUCCGAGAUGCAUUUGCAGCACUGCACUCUCCCGUAGGACCUGACCAAAUUGAGACUCACUGUGAAAGCCCAGGGGAAACCAGGGCCGCACAUGACUGCUGCUGCAAUCUACAGAAGAGGCUAGCAGACACAUCCGUGCCAGGGGCAGCAAAAGGUGAUUGCCCAGGGGCAGAAGUAAAGGCCUGUUGCCGUAGCAAGCAUGCCAUGGUGAUGCUGUUACACGCAUUGGGAGCUCCCAAGUUAGAAGCGUAA